AUGUUAGGACCGACUAGAUUUAACGUAAAACCUUUUUUCUAUCCAUUUGGAAAUACGCCGGCGAUCAAUUUGCUACAAUCUCGGCGCCCUGCUCGCGAAAAGGAUGAUGCGGCGCAAUUAUUGAUGCUCUAUCCUAUAGACGAACUAAUAAAAUGGGAGUUCAUGUGUUGCGAUUCAGAAAGUGCAAUUCUUGCGCGCAACAUUCUUCUCUUCUCUCUCGUCAUCGACAAUGAGCCCUAUGCAUCAAUCUGGAACAUAUUUUACCAUUUCUACAUCACGAAUACCGACAAUGCCGUGCUACAAAAACAGAUUUGCAAACUUCUUCAGCAAUCGGCUAACUUAGAAGUAUGGUCAUCUUCAAACUAUGGCGCAUCGAUCUGUUUCAUGAACCAAGACACAUUGGAUCAAGUUCGAGAGAUGUGGUCUCAAUACCUCGAGGUCGCAAAUCUUAGAUCAGAUUCCAAGGAACGAGAUCACUUCGAAACAAAGUUUAAAGCAGAGGUCAAGUCAACCAUGAGAGAACAAUAUGUUACAAAGAGGGAUAUCGGGAUCCAAGAUGUCUGUGGCCGGAAACAGUAUGCAUCUGCUCUUCGCUCAGCAGGAAACGUAUUUGCGAUCUCUUCGAGCUCGGAUCCUCUUUUGGGCUUUCGCCUUGCAAGCGCCUUUGAUGAUUCGAAUUUCUCCCAGGAGGAAUUGACAGAAAAUGUUGUGAGGCUAGCGAAGACUCAAUUUCAGGAGUGGUGCACGAGUUUUAGGGAAAGAGUUCGUGAGAAAGGAAUAGCCGUACGACUCUAUUGCGGCGAUGCUUUGAGAUUCUCUUAUGCGCUACAAAGCUUGGAGGGUAAUGAAACCCCAGAAACGAAAUUACUCAGUCUAUUUACCACAGCAUGGCGUUCAACUCCACUGACUUUUGACAAUCCCGGUGCGACAAGCGGUAUUCAUACGUUUGACGUCAUCGACACCAAUAAUCUGGCUGAUCCGCUUGGCAUUCUGAAUCUGCUGCCUGCCAUAGCGCCAUUAUUGUCUCGUAAGGCAACCGCAGUCAUGUUUACUGAGACGCUGUCUUUGUAUACCAAAGAUCCAGUUGACAUAUUAUCUCAUAUCCUGUGUUGCGACAUCACAACCUUCUCACUACUUCUGGGGCUGGCACCGUCCGGUCACUUAUUCGAUUUUACCACGUAUGCCGUUGGACUGGAUGCCCAACGACAAUUUUCUAUCCAUCGAAAUAAUAAUGAUAGUUACCAUAUGCGAGUUGAGUGGAGAUACCCAAAUCUAGACGAUCCAGCCGGUAGAGAAUUGAUCUUUGAACCGCAUGAACUUGCCCUUUUCUUCUUCAAGCUCUACCUGAAGAUGUUCGAAAUCGAGUCCAUGUCACCAAACACAGGAAGAGAAAUCCAUCUUCUAAGAUACAAUCGCCUAGGUUUUUCCGCUCUUGUUUGCCUAGCGAAAGGUUGUGUCAAGAAUGAUCAACUGUCAACUUUUGGGGGCUGUCUUCUUGGACAUAUCGAAAAGGAGGAAAGGCUGCGUGUCGGUGGUCUCCAACUCCUCGAGUUAUCUUUACACUUUUACCAACUAGGUAUUUGUGCUCAGCCCUUCUUACUGGAAAUACCUCAUCAGAUCAUGCUCGCAAGCCAGAAAGACUUCAAAGAAGGACCGUUAAGUUUACGAAAUCAAGAAGUGGGUGUGGGCCCACUUGAUCAAAACAAACUUCCUCGUCUGGUUUGGAUCUCUCUGAGCGUUCCACGGGAGAUCCUUGAAUCAUUGAAGAUGGAUGACGAGUAUGCCACGGUUGGGCUACAAAUCAAAAUCCGGCAUACGAAAAGUAAGACCGAGGCCCUCUUCAUGUCUCUUCAAUGCUUUUUUGGUAGUCUGGUCCAACGAGCUGAUGAUAAUGAUGCUCACGAUGUUAUUGAAGAUAAGCAGGGCUUGAAGGGGACAUCGAACUUAAUCGUGAUAUGUGCUGUACCCUCCUUGGUAUUGAUGAUAGAUUCCAGAGAAUCCACACGAAUACAGUUAGCAUGUUUGAGCAACAGAUUGGGUGCGAAUCAUAUGUACGGUGGGGCUAUAUGUAGCUAUAGCCUUGAUGAGGAUAAUGUUUUGAUUCUAAGAGAGCCUCCAGGAGUCAGAUUGCGACCUUUUGCAACAGAUCAUGCAGCCAUCUUACGCACAUCUUCUGCUUCUCAAAAGCCUUGCUUUGUCCGAAUAAAGAAUGGUCUUUUAGUUGAGACCUUGGAGAUUCAAAAGAAUUUUGAGCAUUUGAAAACCGAAAGUGCCAUCAGAGUUCGCCAAAUAUCUCCUUGCACCAUUUCCGAAAGAUUCAACGGCUUUGAAAUCGGCCAGAUCCAAUUCCCAUAUCCGAUCACACUCCACAAAGCAAUAAUUGAUAUUUCUAACAAGGUGAAAACAUUGGUUGCUAAGCCGAGUUUAGCUUUAGAUAAUACAGGUUACGCACUGAAUUCAUUUCCAGUUGUGUUGGAUGGCUCAGACGCUUACCCUCUCACUCUUCCCAAGGUAAACAUGAAUCAGCAGCCAAUCAUAUCUGGUACUGGCCGCGAAACUGGAGAAUGGAUUUCGAAUCUCAUGCAUAGUAUGUUCUGCGCACGAGAACGGUCGUACUGGCGCAAAUCUGACACUGCACUGCAAGAAGAUGUUCCCGCUUUAUUCAAAAUCAAAAGCUAUAUCCACAACAUGGCAGUUUCCUUCGUUCAACCAUCUGCUCUGGGUCGGAAGCAGACAUUCUUGUUUGAAUCUGGUGACCCGCAUAGUACCUCACGGAUCAUCUUUGUCUCGGCUUUGCCACAUAAUAUUGAUCAGAGCUCGAUUGUCCUGGAUGCAUAUUUACUUCCACUAGCAGCCGAAUCCUCCCCAAUCACUCCCGUGAUCAAGGAGCUACUAGCUCACAAAGCUACUCAGCCAAUUACCUACGGUAUGAGAGAUGUAGAUGAGCAACUAAUGAUGCGAAUGCUUCCAGCAACCGUAGAAGCAUGUCGAAAAGGCUGGGACCACGGUCCAGGAUGCAAAUACCGUCAACAUGGCUCAGUAUUCUCCUACACGGAGUCGAAUCAGUCACCAAUCUGCACAUGCGGAGAAGGAAAAGAUGCGGAAGGCUUUCCGCGGGUUGAAAGAUGGAAGACACUCAGUAGACAUGCAACGAGGAUUGCUCUUAUGCCAUUAUCGACAGUGGAUUAUCUUGAAGCUCAUUAUUCGCAAGAAGAGCAUAAUAGAUCCUUAUUCCCGCUUCUGAAUUCUGCAUUAACUAAACUUCGAUCGACGAUAGUCGAAGAACUCGAUAACACAGAUGAUGAAGACAGAGACGACAUUCGAGAAUUUCCCAGCGGGGAAGAGGGCUGUGGUUGCGAAUUGACCGACAAUGGUGGUGACAAAGAUGAUUGUGACAAUGACACAGAUAUCUCUCUUAUACCACCACCAUACACUCUUCCAAACAUUUCAAUCCCCUCCGAAUGA